ACCGUGCGCGUCUCCAAGUGCAAUUGUUGUGUGGAAGCGGAAAGCAAACCAUUGCUAAAGAGAACAAACGUUUGCGCGUGCAUCUGGAAUACCUUAAUUCGCGCUUUUGAUUCCACCAACUCGCUUUUACCGUCUAGCGUGACGCGUAAGUGAUGGUGCACAUUUUGGUUUCGUGACCUGUCAGCUGGAUCAGGUUGUGUUGUUGGAUGGAUGUGGCACGAAUUGGAUGGUUACACAUUUUCCUUUGUUUGAAAUGCACUCAACGGGAAUGACAUUUCUAUGACAAGUUUCUAUUUUGUGCAAUUUUCUGAGCAAUGGAGUGAGGCGAAGGCGCACUGGGAGCUGGUUAAAAGGGACUUUUAUAUUUUUAUUUCACUUCACAUAGACUGAUGGGGACUCUAAGUGGUAACAGAUGUCUGUACUGUAAUGUGCACUCUUCAUCAUCUGUUUAAUGCCAGUUUGGAUUUGACCUGUUGGAUAUCUGCAUCUCUAGGAUGGCUCGCUUUGGAGACGAUCUGCCCACCCGCUAUGGAGGUCCAGCGGGCGCCGGGAGAGGGGGAGCCCGGGCAGGAGGUCCCUCGGGCGGUCAAAGAAUGUACAAACAGUCGAUGGCUCAGAGAGCCAGGACAAUGGCUUUAUAUAAUCCUAAACAAACCAAACAGAACUGCUUCACUGUCAACCGCUCUUUGUUCAUCUUCAGUGAGGACAAUGUCUUCAGGAAAUACGCCAAAAGAAUAACCGAAUGGCCUCCAUUUGAGUACCUGAUCCUCACUACCAUCAUCGCCAACUGCAUCGUACUGGCCCUCGAACAGCAUCUCCCCGCCAUGGACAAGACCCCCAUGUCUGAACGCCUGGACGACACAGAGCCCUACUUUAUCGGAAUAUUCUGUUUCGAGGCCGGCAUUAAGAUCAUCGCCUUGGGCUUUGUGUUUCACAAAGGCUCUUACCUACGCAACGGCUGGAACGUAAUGGACUUUGUGGUCGUUCUUACCGGGAUUUUAACCACACUGGGUUCGCAGUUUGACUUAAGAACGUUGCGGGCCGUCAGAGUGCUGAGACCCCUCAAACUGGUGUCUGGAAUCCCAAGUCUUCAAGUAGUAUUAAAGUCCAUUAUGAAGGCCAUGGUUCCCCUUCUUCAGAUUGGACUGCUGCUCUUCUUUGCCAUUGUUAUGUUUGCCAUCAUCGGCGUCGAGUUCUACAUGGGCAAAUUCCACUUCACCUGCUUUAAAGUGGAUACAGGAGAAAAAGUUGGUGAUUACCCAUGUGGAGCAGAACGUCCUUCAAGAGUGUGUCCCAAUGGAACAAUAUGUAGGGAGUACUGGACAGGACCCAACUUCGGCAUCACCAAUUUCGAUAACAUCCUCUUUGCCAUCCUCACAGUCUUCCAGUGCAUCACCAUGGAAGGAUGGACCGAUGUACUAUACCAUCCCCACAUCAUUCCAAACCCUUAUAAUUUUCUUUCUUCUGUAAACCAAACAUAUGUGAACCAAAAUAAGAUGGAAUUUGCCAAAGAAAGAGAGCGAGUGGAGAAGAGGCAGGAGUUCUUGAAGCUCCGCAGACAGCAGCAGAUUGAGAGAGAGCUCACUGGAUACUUGGAAUGGAUAUGCAAGGCAGAGGAGGUGUUGCUGGCAGAGGAGGAUCAGAAUGCUGAGGAGAAAUCCCCUCUGGAUGGUGCGUGGUACAGGAGGAAACAGAACAACCCAGUGCUGAAAAGAACAAAGACCAGGAAGGGUCGAAAUGACCUCAUUAGUGCUGAAGAGGGAGAGGAACAUUUCACAGACAUCUCCUCUGUUGCACCACCUGGAUCACCUUUUGCUCGAGCUAGCCUGAAGAGCAGUAAGAAUGAUAGCUCCUCAUACUUUCAUCGAAAAGAAAAGAGGAUACGCUUUUUCAUCCGGCGGAUGGUGAAGGCACAGAGUUUUUACUGGAUUGUUCUGUGUUUGGUGGGAUUGAACACGAUGUGUGUGGCCAUUGUCCAUUACGACCAGCCUGAGUGGCUCACCAAGGCCCUGUACCUGGCAGAGUUUGUAUUCCUGGGUCUGUUUCUGACAGAGAUGACCCUGAAGAUGUACGGCCUGGGGCCCAGAAACUACUUUCACUCCUCGUUCAACUGUUUUGACUUUGGGGUAAUUGUGGGAAGUAUAUUUGAGGUGGUGUGGGCAGCGAUUCAGCCUGGUGCAUCUUUUGGGAUCAGUGUUCUGAGAGCCCUGCGCCUGCUCCGUAUUUUUAAAGUAACCAAGUAUUGGAACUCUUUGCGGAAUCUAGUGGUUUCACUGUUAAACUCUAUGAAGUCCAUCAUCAGUUUGCUCUUCCUCCUCUUCCUCUUCAUCGUGGUAUUUGCCCUGCUAGGCAUGCAACUCUUCGGGGGCCAGUUUAAUUUUGAAGAUGAAACUCCCACUACAAACUUUGACAGCUUCCCUGCAGCCAUAAUGACAGUCUUCCAGAUUUUGACAGGAGAGGAUUGGAAUGCAGUGAUGUAUCAUGGGAUAGAGUCCCAGGGUGGUGUCCGGGGUGGAAUGUUCUCCUCGGUCUACUUCAUUGUUCUUACACUGUUUGGAAACUACACUCUUCUCAAUGUAUUCUUGGCCAUCGCUGUGGAUAACCUUGCCAAUGCGCAGGAGCUAACAAAGGAUGAAGAGGAACAAGAGGAGGCAGCGAAGAAAAGCAUGGCUCUUCAGAAGGCUAUGGAGGUGAAGGAGGUCAGCCCAAUGUCUGCUGCCAACAUCUCAAUAGCAGCUAAAGAACAGCAGAGGUCACUGCAGAAGAUGUCAAUAUGGGAGCAGCGCACCAACCAGCUGCGCAGACACAACCUGCGCAACAGCAGCGAGGCCCUUUACAACGAACUAGAGCCUGAAGAGCGUCUGCGCGUGUCUUCGGCGCUCCAUCUGCGGCCCGACAUGAAGGCCCACCAUGAUCGGCCACUGGUAGUGGAGCACCGAGACGAUACUGUGGACAAUUCUAGGACUGACAGAGAUGGAGACACUCCAGACUGUCAGCCAUCCUCCGGCCACCCAAGGAAGCACCAUCGAUGUCGAGGAGAGAACGGAGAUGCAGGAGAGGGGAGGCACCAUAGACACCACAGCCAAAACAUAGAGCACCAGGGCAGCCUGGAGCACAGCAGCAAUCAGGAUGGAGGACACACUAACCACCACAUGGCUGGUUCUCCUGAGGAGGGCAUAGGGAUGGAGGAGAGAGAACACAGACACCACCAUUCUCGCCGAUCCAGAGAGGUCAACGGGAAUGGCAACGGCACAAUCGGUAAUGGAGGCAGAGGCGAGGGUAGGAUACGAGGUCACAGAGAAGGCGAAGGAGAAAAUGGAGAGAGGAGAAGACACCGGCCACGUGUUAAAGCCCAGUCCACACUGGAUGGAGAAGAAUGCAGGGAGAACGGUGGAAAACACAGGGGCAGACCAACAGGAACAGACAGCCUAGCCACCAGCCCUCUCCAGUCUCCAACUGAAGAGAAGCCAGAAGACAAAGAUAAUCUAAAAAACAGCACCAGAGUGGGCCCAACUGGAGUCAACAUCCCUGUCACCAUAACUGACCCACCAGGAGAGACUACAGUCAUUCCCAUGAACAACAUUGAUGGUGACAGUCUACUGCUGAACGAGGAAAAGAAGGAUCUUGAUGAGCUAAAUCAGAAUGCGCCCAAACACAUUCUGCCAUACAGCUCCAUGUUUGUGUUCGGUCCAACUAACCCAGUGAGACGGCUGUGUCAUUAUGUGGUGAACCUACGGUAUUUUGAGAUGUGUAUCCUCACAGUCAUCACCAUGAGCAGCAUCGCCCUCGCUGCUGAAGACCCUGUGCAGGCCAAUGCCCCGCGCAAUGAUGUGCUGAAAUACCUAGAUUACGUCUUCACUGGUGUGUUCACAUUUGAGAUGGUUAUAAAGAUGAUCGAUCUCGGGCUACUGUUGCAUCCUGGGUCUUACUUCAGGGACCCGUGGAACAUACUGGACUUCAUCGUAGUCACCGGUGCUCUGGUGGCCUUCGCCUGCUCGAGCUUCAUGGGAUCGCAGCAAAGCGUGACCAGAGGAACUAAAGGCAAGGACAUCAACACUAUCAAGUCCCUAAGGGUCCUUCGAGUCCUGAGGCCCUUGAAGACCAUUAAACGUUUGCCUAAACUCAAGGCUGUGUUUGACUGCGUGGUGAACUCUCUGAAGAAUGUGCUCAACAUCCUCAUCGUUUACAUCCUCUUCAUGUUCAUCUUCGCGGUUAUUGCUGUGCAGCUUUUCAAGGGGAAAUUUUUUCACUGCACCGACGAAUCCAAAGCCCUGGAGAAGGACUGCAGGGGUCAGUUCCUGGAGUUUGGCAGUGAUGGACUGGCCUUGACACUGCCGCGCGAGUGGAAGAAGUAUGAUUUCCAUUAUGACAACGUCCUGUGGGCCUUUUUGACCCUGUUCACUGUCUCUACAGGAGAGGGUUGGCCAACAGUGCUGAAACACUCUGUUGAUGCCACGUAUGAAGACCAGGGUCCCAGUCCGGGUUACCGCAUGGAAACCUCCAUCUUUUACGUAGUCUACUUCAUUGUCUUCCCCUUCUUCUUUGUCAACAUCUUUGUGGCUUUGAUCAUCAUCACGUUCCAGGAGCAGGGAGAUAAAGCCAUGUCAGAGUGCAGCUUGGAAAAGAAUGAGCGAGCUUGUAUCGACUUUGCCAUCAAUGCCAAACCUCUGACACGCUACAUGCCGCAGGACAAGCAGUCUUACCAGUACAAGAUAUGGAAGUUUGUGGUGUCCACUCCGUUUGAGUACUCCAUCCUGACCAUGAUCGCCAUCAACACAGUGGUCCUCAUGAUGAAGUUCCAUGAUGCUCCUAAUCCAUAUGAGGACAUGUUGAAGUGGCUGAACAUCAUCUUCACGGCUCUCUUCACGCUGGAGUGCAUUCUCAAGGUCAUUGCCUUCGGCCCUCUGGAUAAGAGGAUUAAUCUGAGUUUCCUGAGACUCUUCCGGGCCGCCCGUCUCAUUAAACUCUUACGGCAGGGCUACACCAUUCGCAUCCUGCUCUGGACCUUUGUUCAGUCCUUUAAGGCUCUGCCGUAUGUGUGUCUCCUCAUUGCAAUGCUCUUCUUCAUAUACGCCAUCAUUGGGAUGCAGGUGUUUGGUAAUAUCAUGUUGUCCGAGGAGUCGGCUAUCAACAUCCAUAAUAACUUCCAAACAUUUUUUCAGGCCCUCAUGUUGUUGUUCAGGAGUGCUACAGGGGAGACUUGGCAUGAAAUUAUGCUGUCUUGUCUGAGUGAAAGGCCAUGUGACCGUGACUCUGGAUAUACUGGAAAAGAGUGUGGCAGUGACUUUGCUUACUUCUACUUUGUCUCUUUCAUCUUCCUUUGUUCCUUCCUGAUGCUGAAUCUGUUCGUCGCUGUCAUCAUGGAUAACUUUGAGUACCUAACACGUGACGCUUCUAUUCUCGGGCCUCAUCACCUCGACGAGUUCAUCCGUGUUUGGGCUGAGUACGACCCUGCCGCCUGUGGACGCAUGUCCUACCUCGAAAUGUACGAGAUGCUUCGCCACAUGUCCCCUCCACUAGGUUUGGGAAAGAAAUGUCCUCCAAGAAUCGCCUAUAAGCGGUUGGUGAGGAUGAACAUGCCCAUAGCUGAAGAUAGUACGGUUCACUUUACCUCCACUUUAAUGGCUCUCAUCCGGACCGCCCUGGAGAUUAAACUGGCAUCAGGAGUUCUGGCUCAGCGGCUUUGUGAUGCUGAAUUAAGGAAGGAAAUAAAUAAAAUUUGGACUAACUUGUCUUCAAAAACAGUGGACCUGCUGGUGACACCUCAUAAACAUAAUGAAUUGACUGUUGGGAAGGUCUAUGCUGCUCUCAUGAUUUUCGACUAUUAUAAGCAGAACCGAGCCAAAAGACUCCAACCGCAGCAGGCUGCACCAGGCACACAGAGUAAAGUUGGGGUUCUCUUCAGACCAAUGCUUCCUCUCACACACUUGCACAGUCAGGAGCCACUAGUGCUAAAAGCCCCGCCCUCUUCUCAAUUACAUACCACACCACAGCCAGAUGCCCCGCCCACAUCCUUUCACCUGACCAAUGGGGAUGCAGUACAAAGCCAGAGCAGUGCCAUGAAAACGUCUCCUUCAGGAGACAUACCUCAGGAAGUCACACAGGAAGCAAACAGAAGGCCUGUCCAAAGGGGCCAAUCGGUAGACGUGCCAAACACAUACAGAUCUCAGGAAUUAGUUGAGAUGACUGACAUGGAGAAUGACUCUGAUGUGGGCGGGUAUCCUGUGCUGGAGGGUCACGGCAGAGCUGCCUCCAUGCCCAGACUCAACGCUGGCUUUCAGCGGAGCCACUUACGCCACACCGCCGGAACGUAUCUAGCACCUAUCGCAGACGUGAGUCCCAUGCGGCGGUCUGCGUCCUCGUUGACUCCUCAGAGAGGGGUGCGAGAGGUCAAUCUGAGCGAUUAUGACCUGGAGAGGCCCAAGAUGGCCCCGGGCCAGACCCUCACUCAGGAGAGAGAGAGGGACAGAGCUCAUCAUCAUCACCAUCAUCAUCACCGCUGCCAGCGGCGCAGAGACAAGAAGCACAAAUCGCUGGAUCGAGUCAUCAGCGAGGAGCAGCCUCCCCAUGCAGCAGAUCCAAACACUGAGUCACUGCCUAGGGAACGAGCACGGGAGCGAGACCGUGGCCGUUCCCAUGAGAGGAAGCACCAUUCAUCCUCAGCAGUGGAAAGGAAGCAGCGAUACUACUCUUGCGACCGCUACGGCAGCCAUGAGCAAGGCCACAGCGUGUCCGCUGGGCCCAGCAGAUCCACAUCGCCAGGAGAACCCCAUGACCCAAACAGGCUUAAACAGGGAGUUAGCACAGCUAAAGGAACUUCAGUCGUUCAUACCUCAGGCACCAGCACACCCUGCCGCGGGCGUAGACAGCUCCCACAAACGCCCCUUACCGCUGCCUUCUUUUUCAGCAGUCGUGGUUCUGGAAGUGUUUUCCCAUUCAUUGUCUUCAUGGGAAUUUCAAGCAAAACAAUAUACAAAAAUACAGUUUUCUGA